AUGCUCGUUCGAACUUGCACGGGCUUUGCUUUUCUUCUUCGAACAUUGUCUAACAAGUGUUUUAUUGGACAUCGAUACCAUAGAUAUUUGCACGGGCGUAGAGCUUCGCUGCCUGCUCUUACUGUACAACUUGAUGUCAGUUCUAGAGAAAUUCACGCAUUAAGCAAGGGAAAAAGUGAUGUAAACAUUGUGCAUUUAGGGCAAUGGCUGCCUGAAAAUUCAAAGAACGCGUCAAGCAAAUGUUUGUUUGUUAGACGGUUCUCUCGUUCCACGCAUGAUGGUGGUGAAAUAAAUGUGGAUGGUUCUGGGAUAAAAGAAACCGUGUAUGAAGCAGAUGGGAAUGAAGCAAAAAAUACUAUCGAGAAAAAACCGCAUUUAAACAAAGAAACCACGAGCAGUCAAGGACUUUUAACUGAUAAACAGCUUAUUAAAACUUUUCGUAAGAUCGCGACGAAAAAUAAAAAAGAACACCAGGAGACUGUCAAAGCAUAUUCAGAAAGACAGUUAAAGGCGCUAUGGGAACUAUAUGAGAUUCUGUGUUCAAAUGACUCGACGGAAGCUCAGCUUGUUAUCCAGGAUCUUGUAGUCCUAUUGAAAUAUAUGGUACGUACCGGCGGAAACUACGGAGUCAGAUUGACACGGAUUAAAAGUCAUCUUACAAAGAGGAAUGUGAAACCGAGUGAUAAACCUUAUGCACUCAUGAUCGAACUUUACAAUAGGUAUAGCUUAUGGACUGAAACCAUAUCGAUAUAUUGUGAGAUGGUGAAUAAUAAUAUCAUGCCCAAGGAAAAAACAGUUGUCGCAAUAGUCGAGGCGUACAAACGUGUAGGGAAUUUAAAAGGUCUGUUAGACAAACACGCAGAAUACUUUGACAAGCAAGAAACUAUACCAAGCGAAAUGUUUGCACUGUUGAUAAUAGCUUCCUUAGAGUCUGAAAAGAGAGAUCAAGCAAUGGAAUUCUUUGAUCGAAUGAAAGCAGCUAAUAUUCGGCCGUCCAAAAUUAUUUGCGAGGCUAUGAUCUGGCAUCUAGCCCGAUUCCAAAUUACGUACGACUCGGCUUAUAUCUCACUCCCAAUAAUGGUGCAAUAUACUUUCCGGGUAUAUGAAUAUGCCAAGUCUCUCGAGAUUAAAAUAGGUCAUCAGGCUACGAAUCACCUUUUGGAAGCUCUUGUUGACCAAGCUUUCAUUAGUGAGUCGAUUGUUGUACUAGACGACUGUUUAAACAAAGGCCGACAAAUUCAUAACAGCUUGUUUAAACGCAUAUUUAAUAAUUGUGCGAACGCUGGUCGUGUUGGUGAUGCUUUGAGUCUUGUUGACAUUAUACAAACUCGGAACAUUCCUCUUGACGUAAAUGCGUAUACUUGUCUUAUAAAAAUGUAUGCGAAAAGACGGGAGAUGAAGCAGGCCGUCAAAUAUUACGAGGCCAUGAUUGAGGCACAGCAAGCCCCGAGUGAAAUCACUUACUUGACUUUGAUAAGCGGGUUUGUCAGACAGUCUCGAAUAGAAAAGGCGCAAGAGUAUUUUGACUUGCUGCGUAAGUCUACAAUUCCUUGUAAUAAAAUAUAUACCGCUCUUAUGCAUGGUUACUUACUUAAGGGAAUAAUAGACAAAGUCGACGCGUUAUACGAUGACAUGAAGUCAAAUGGACAGGAACCAACAAUAGUCACUUAUAACGUCCUUAUUUAUAAUUCAACAUUGAAAUUAGAAAUGGAAACUGCCAAAGCCUUCCUUGCCGAAAUGCGUUCUGUGGGAAUUCAACCAGAUGUUUCUACUUAUUGUAUAAUGGUACAAGGAUAUAUUAGAGAAGGCAACUUUAAAACUGCUUGGGAUAUUUAUUAUUCUAUGGUGGAGCGGGGAAUCGCGAGUAAUCCUGUCGUUGCAACAGCAUUAUUGUCGGUAUAUGCCAAGACUAGCGACUUGGGAGGAUUAAAGAAAGCCUGGAAUAUCUUGUUCAAACGUUCGUUUGAAGAUGAAAUACUUGAUGAAGAAGAGGAUACGAAUAGGCAGACUAAAGCCAAGCCCAAUAUCAUCACUUACACAGUCAUUGCCCAUUCUUUACUCAAAAAAAUUACUAGCCCAGUGGUUGCAUACGAGCUGUACCAGAAAUUCUGCGCAGAGUUGUUUGACUAUUCAUUCGUGAACAGGGAAAAGAACUUAGGUACAAAGGGGCUAUUUGAACAUGCACGUACUCAGAGACUUAACCCGGAUUGCGCCUUUUUUAAUGUGUUUAUUAGUAUACUAGCAAUACGGCUUCAGAACAUGUCACUUGCUACAAAGAUAUAUCAAGACAUGAUACGACGCAGAGUAUGGCCUGACGUCGCUACAUAUACUAUAAUGAUGGCAGGCAAGAGCGUGGGCACAUCAGAACAAUCUCCCAAAGAUGCAGGAAAUUCACGAAGACAUGAUAUCUUGUGGAAUCCUUCCUGA